CCUUCCCAACCCCGCCAUCAUCGCUAAACUCAGCUCACGAGCUUCAGCACUACACCAAAAACCCAAGCAAACCACCAAAAAAGAAGAAAAAGAAGAAGAAGAAGGAAAAAAAAACACUAGCCAUGUCCCGUCUCUGGCGCUUCCCAGUCCCCAAACUCCCCUCCUCCGCUGUACUCCGUACCGCAGGCGUAUACACCUCCGGAGCCCUCUUCUCCCUCGGCUUCUUCCUCCUCCUGGACGCGUCGGUCUACAGCAAGCACGCGAACGGCGGCGACGUGCACAUCACCAUAGUGGACUGGAUCCCGCUCAUCUGCAGCAUCCUAGGCAUGCUCGUCAUCAACUCCAUCGAGCGCAGCCGGCUCGUCGCCGACAGCUACAGUUACAGCGGCAACGGCGUCGCUUGGAAGGCGAAGUUGGUGCUCUUCAUGGGUUUCGCCCUCAUGGCCGGCGGACUCGCGGGAGCCGCCACCGUGCUCAUCAUGAAGUACGUCGUGCCCGCAUACCCCUGGCCCACCCUGGGAUUCGGGGUCGCGGGGGUCGUGGGGAGCGCUUGCGUCAUGCUUUCCUCAGUCGUGCUUUGGGUGUCGCAGAAUAUUGAGGAGGAUUAUACGUAUAAUCUUUCGUUGUAGAAGGGGUUUUCCUUUUUUUUUUUUCCCUUUUGGAGUGGGUGGUUGGGUUGGGUCGGGUUGUAGGGUUGGAAAUGGGGAUGGGGGGAAAUGUGGCAAGAAUAGGGUGGGUGGGUAUUGGACGGCACCGCUGGAAAUCGCGUAUGAUACCAAUACGUAGUCCUUUGGUAUCGUUUUACCUUUCUUUUGUUUCUCCUUAUUGUUAUAUUGUCCCCCCCUUUUUUUUUUCAUUGGUUCCUUUUUAUUCCUCCACGUUGUGAGAUUUUCGUUGAAAUAUUCUGCUGGGCGGGUGUUGCCUUUCCCUUGGACGGGCGGUAUUGAAUAAGGGGUGCUGGCAAAUACAAUAUUCAGCACAAUUGGGCGUGAGUCGUUCUACUUUGCAUUUUGAUUAUGGUUGCGUAAGCUGGGCUGUGAUUAGGCUAUAAUAGCACUUUGAUAAGCGGGGUUCACCAACAGUCA